UCCGUUAACUUUAAUUAUCUUUAUAGUUAUUUUAUUUAAAUUUUAAUAACGGUUUGUCAUUAAAUUAUACUUAAAAAUAAUAAGAUCUAACUAAAAUAAAUCUUUGACUGACGUCAUACUUAACUAUUAGUUGGCACAAGUACUUCAGUUGGUAUUAGACACCAUUCGCUGUCAUGUGAGUUUCGUUCUGUGGGGCUUCUCGUCUAACGACAGGAAAUAUUGGACACUUCGCUUGGUACGCUAGAACGGAAAAGUGGCGGAUGGCUGAUUGAAAAGGACGGAAAUUUUAAUACAAUAGUUUCAAGCUUUUAUAAGUGAUAUUUAGUGGCAAAUUAUUGGUGGUGCUUUGGAGAAGCUAGGAGACUAAGUUUUGGGAGAUCCCGGAGGAAUUGGAAGUCAUGUCAUCCGCCACUUGGGGGAAAUCUUAAACUGUAACCAGUCCGUCAGCUCCCCUCACAACUGGGAGCAACCGUUCUACGCCAAGCCAGGUCAUUUGGAGACCAGCCUGGAGAACUUCCCACAUACCUACUUUGUAUCCUGCCCUCUGCACCCCAGAAGGGCAUCGGUAUAUUAAUUGGUACAAGCUAGCACCAUCCCUGUGCUAAUUCGCCUACCAGGGAUUUUGGAAUCCGUAGCAAGGACACUCUCGGGGACCAUUUAGGGUUUGUUUUGGGACACUUAGUAUCUGCUAGUGAUUGUCACUUCCACUAUUACACCACAUUCAUUUUUUGUAUAAGACUCGGGACAUUUAUUUUGAUGAUUAAGUUGUAUAGUUUAUCGCACAUAUUUUGUUUCAAUAUUUAAGUUGCAUAUUGUUUUUAUAUAUCUAUAAUAGUUGAUAGUGUUCCCCAAACCAGUAAACUCUCUGGUCAAAGAGGUUUGAGCUCAGAUCAUCUUUUCCCCAUAUGAGAUUCUCUUUACCUUUAUAUAUUACCUGAAAUUUACUUGUACCAUUUAUUUACUUAAUUAACUUUAUAUUUUUAGUACUAACCUUGCUUGUCUCCACUUAUCAAUUUAAAUUUAUAUACUUUGUCCUCUUAAUUUGCUUAAUUUAUUAACUUAUUCAUAUAACUUUAAUCUUUCUUUAGUCAAUCAUAAUUAUUUAACUUAUUUGCUUAACUUUACUUAAAUUCAUUUAAUCAAUUUCUAAUUAUAUCUUUGGACGCUAUUCCCUUUGAAUAGCUAUCCAUUUUACUUGUUAUAUUUUUUAGUGACUACGUGUCGAAGCAACUGAUUUUUAUAUAUCAAGUAGACCGUAGGUUCACCUUAAUGAGGCUAGUGCCUAUUUAACUCUUUGAGAGUUACGGAAAUUAUUCAUUGUGAAUAAUCCUCCCUUAAUUAUAUUCUGGUUCAUUAGUUCUAUAGGGUUUAACGUUGCUGUACGUAUUGCAAUCGUACAAUUAUUUGGUGAAGGUUGUUAUUUAACCUAGUAUAUGUAAGUUGGGGGUAUGCUCCAUAUAAGAGUUACUCCAUUACUAAUGUAACUAUAGAUUAUAUUUAUAUUACUAUAGGUAAUUAUUUCCUAUUGUCAUUUUAGAGUUACAUAGUUUGUAUUUUUCUAACUCAGAGGUUGUCAAAAAUCUAAGUAGUUAUAUUUAAUAAAUAUUUAUUUGUUUUGUAUAUCCAUUAUUUUUUUUCCCAUUUUUGAAUUUAAUAUAUUUACUAUUUAACAGCAGUGUAAGAUACCUGGAAGUUUGGUCCAUUCCAACUUCUGGCGCCCAUAAUUCAGUCUAUUUUAUUUAUCUCCUAUAUUCUUCUAUUUUUAUUAUAUUAUUAUAUUUAUCUAAUUUAUUUUCUGAACAUAUAUUUUUAACUUAAAAGAUUUCCCUUUUUCUAGUCAUCAUCUCUCUUUAGGUUGAGCUACUGUUCUUCGACAGGCAUGCAAACGAGCCGUAUCCAUCCUUGAGUGUCAAGUUGCUCUCUUGCAUCUAUAGCUAGCCAACUCUAUUCAGUUUGCCUCUGUCUCUCCAUACUUCCAUUAUCAGUUCAUCACCCUUCCUUCAUUCAUUUCAUCUUAUCAUUUUAGUUCAACAAAUACUACUGCAAAGUAGUAUUUUUGUUACAUUGGCGCCCAACGUGGGGCCAACCUUUUAUAGGUUCUAAGACAGUAGUUCUUUUAGUUCAUUUUUUUUUCUUUUAUUUAUAUUAUUCCCUUCUGAUAUCUUUUUAUACAUUCUGUUCUGAUUUAUUUUGUCUUUAACUAUUUACUAAUACUAAACAGGUACACUGUCACUGCUGUAUCUAUUAAUUAGUUGAGAUUUUGAAACCUCGUUUAUAGUUUUGUCAUACAGCUUACAUUCUGGGUUGAAUUUGAAACGAAGUAUAAGUAACUAGCAUAUAUUAGAUUAUAUUAUUUUACUCUUUCAGCCAGUGUUGUAUUUGUACGUACAGUAAUCGUUAAUACUUACAUAUUUUUUUUUCUAGUACAAGUAUAAUAAUUAAUUUUUUUUUCCAAUAUUUAGGUACUAUAUUUACUUGAUUAUACCUUAUUUACUUUAUUUAUUUGAUACAUAUAUUUUGCUGGCCAUUUUUGAUUUUGUUGGUGUGUUGCUAAUAUUUUCUCCGUACUUAUAUAUUUUGCGUACAAACUUAAGUAUAUUUCAUAUUUCUGACCUUUGGAUUGCUUGUCAAUAAUUUUUGCUUUCAUCAUGUGUGCUUUUAAAGUUGAACAUCUUCUGGUGGACGAAUUGGACUAUGAGUUGAAAAUUAGGGACGUAGUACCAGAGGAGUCGGCAACUGUCGAUAGGAAACGCAAUCUUCUGCGGGGUGCUUUGAAGCAAGAAGAAGGCAAUAGGAGUUUCACCCAACUUUCGGCUGUACAUAUCCCUUUUGAGGACCAACGGAAAGGAAUAUCCGAAACGUUGGAUAGCUUGUCGAAGAAAAUAGAGAAGUUUAGGGGAACUGUACAGGACAAUGAAUAUGUUAGGUUAAUAUCUCGUCUAGCUCAUAUUUCUGGCCGAGUACACUUGUUACAGUGUACUACAGAAGAGCAGGAACCUUUUAAAAAGUCUGUUUCUCUUAAAAUCCUUACCUUGGAGGGUGAGCUUGAUUCUAAGGUUAACCCCAUAGCCACAUCUACUCCUAAUGCUCCAGUCAGUGUCGUUCCUAGUUUCACAUACUCCAAACCUGUGCAAGUACACAAAUGGGGUGUUUCAUUUUCCGGUGAAAAACAGCACAAUGAUGUGAUUACAUUUUUAGAAAAGGUCGAAUGUCUUCGAGUAUCUAGAGGUGUCUCUGAAGAAAAUUUGUUUGCUGCUUCAGCUGAAUUGUUUACCGGUCCUGCUUUUACCUGGUUCAUGAAUAAUAGAGGUAAUUUAUCUUGUUGGUCUGAUCUGGUUCGCAAGUUGAAGUCAGAUUUUCUUCCUUACUCAUACCAGGAUGAUCUCUUGGAUGAAAUCAAAAACCGUAAGCAGAAACCAGGAGAGUCUGUCACUAUGUUCAUUAAUACUAUAUUAGGCAUGUGUAGCCGUUUAGAUACUCCGUUAUCUGAUUUGUCCAAAAUAAAAAUCAUCUUAAAAUGUUUACUGCCCUUUUAUCAUCAGCAGUUAGCUCUUAUGGACAUCCAGAGUAUUGAUGACCUCACUGUAAAGUGCAAACGUUUGGAGGAAACGUUAUCCUGGUCUUCUCAGCCUCCAUCCACAUCUCGACCCUCUUCUAAUUCUUCUUCUCAGCCAACUUCCUUUAGACAACGUUCUUGGCAAAAUAAGGGCCCUGAACGUAAUGUUUCUGUUUUUAGUUCCGUUGUUUGCUGGAAUUGUCAUCAGUCUAAUCAUAAGUUCAAUAAUUGUGGUAUCCCACAAACUCGUAUUUUCUGCCACGGUUGUGGUAGGGAAAAUACCCUCAAAAGAAAUUGUUUCAAGUGUUCGGGAAACGAAAUGUCGGAGGUCCGUCCCCUGAGCGUUUCUCCGUCCAACACCCAAUCAGGGAAUCAAACCCCAUCAGAAAACGAGACAGCUGGCCCAAGCACACCAAGCAACUCAAACCCAUCUUCCAAUCGGAAAGGGAAGAAGGCAUCGUUCAGGAAACAAGCACACACCACAAAUCAAAAUCAGUCCAGAAAUUAAGUUUUAGUCAUGAUACGUUGAACGCACAUGAUUCACAGGGUUGCAAAGCCACAAAUUCUUUAAUUGGUAGUGUUAAGUAUAAUAAUAAUUUUGAUGGUGAAGUAGUUCCAUAUAAUGGUUGUAUCCAACCAAAUAUUUUAGAUUUAGAUAUUAACUCUUUAUUAGUUAGGAAACAAAAUGAUAAUAGGCCAUAUCUACCUAUUCAAAUUUUAGGACAAUCGUGUUUAGCUUUAUUAGAUAGUGGCUCUAAUAUUUCAUUGAUAGGAGCACAUUCAUUAAAUUUAUUG